GAGGAGUGAAGGACCUCGGGUUUUCCUUUUUCCCCAGCAUUACAGCCUAUGCUGGGUUGGUGGAAAAUGGGCACUCCGACCACUAAGAUCUGUGGACUUAUCCUCUCCUUGAUACUCACAUGCCAGCUGGUCACUGUGACUCAGGCCUCCAAGGUGUGGGGAGAGGUCCCUCUGCCAGAGGACCUGGAGGCGGAGAAAGACGUCAAGGCAUCUCAGAGCUUGCUUGACGACGAUGAGGACUUUGCUGCUGAUGAAGCUUCCGGAGAUCUGCCCAGUGGAGAAGAUGAUGGGAGCACACCGUGGCCUCCAGUCACUGAGAGCACAAAACACUGGUUGGACUCUUCACAUAUGAGGAACAUACAGAGCCCAGUCGAACCAGAGUACAUUUAUUACAGAGCUCUCGUCAACUUCACCGACUCCCUGGUCUACAGCCCUGAGCUCGAGGACAUGUUUUCUCCAGCCUUUAAUGAGAUCUCUGAAGCAGUGGUGGACACGCUGGAGUCGGAGUACAACAGGAUUCAAGGUGUCCAGACAGUCAGUGUGGUCAUCAUUAAGAAGAUGAUAAGAGACGACGGCGUGGACGUGUUUGUGGAGUUGGACGUGGGUUCGGAAUACAACAACAAUGAUGAACAGAUCCGCAGUGUGCUGUACAACGUGGUGAAGGAGGGAGCCAUCGCUUCCUACGUCACGUCAGUCCAGGGCUUUCAGUUCAGACGGCUCGGAGAAGCUCAACCUUUGCCUCCCGUGGAGCCUAUAGCAGUGCCAGUAACCCCCAGCAUCAGACCCUGCAUGCCAGAUGAGCACAGGUGUGGUGAUGGGACAUGUAUCCUGAUGGAAUACCUGUGUGACAACAGACCAGACUGCCGAGACAUGAGUGAUGAGACCAACUGUGAUGUAAGACCGCCAAUACCUCCAGUCUUCACCACCCCUCCCACCACCACCACCACCACCACCACAACCAAGAAGAUUCCACGGCCCGCCGGCCCACCUGGACCCUGCAGAGCUGAUCAAGCCACGUGCCAGAGUGGAGAGUGCAUCCCUCGAGACUACAUCUGUGACGGAGAGAGGGACUGCUCGGACGGAAGCGACGAGUUCAGAUGUGGAACUCCAUCUCCCUGUGAGCCCAAUGAGUUCAAGUGUAAAAAUGGUCGUUGCGCUCUCAAGCUUUGGCGUUGUGAUGGAGACAAUGACUGCGAGGAUAACUCGGAUGAGACAGACUGCCCCACCAAGGGUCCUGGCGACAGGUGUGCACCUGAGCAGUUUGAAUGCCUUAGCGACCGCACCUGCAUCCCAGCUAGUUACCAGUGUGAUGAUGAGCCAGACUGCCCUGACCGCUCCGACGAGUACGGCUGCACCCCUCCCUCCGUGACAAGCCCACCGGAAGAGUCCAUCCAGGCAGCGCGGGGGGCGACGGUGACGUUCACCUGUCAGGCUGUUGGAGUGCCAAUGCCCAUCAUCACCUGGAGACUCAACUGGGGACACAUUCCUGUCAGCGGCAGGAUCUCGAUGACCAGCGAUAACGGCCGCGGCACCCUCACCAUUCGUGAUGUCAAGGAGGCAGAUCAGGGGGCCUACACCUGUGAGGCCAUCAACGCUAAAGGCCUGGUGUUCGGCAUCCCCGACGGAGUGCUAACACUCACAUCAAAUCCCAACCCAGGAAACUGUCCUGACGGUCACUUCAGUGUGGAGGGCCGCUGCAUUUCCUGCUUCUGUGCUGGAAUCUCCAAGAACUGCAAAAGCACCGGCCGCUACCGCAACCAGAUCAGCCUGCGCUUCACUGACGAGGAAGACUUCAAAGGAGUGAAUGUCACUUACCCAUCCAGGCCAGGCACUCCUCCUCUCUCCUCCACUCAGCUCCUCAUUAACCCCGAGAUGGAAGAGUUCCAGCUCGUCGACCUAUCGCGCCGUUUCCUCAACCUUGACUCCUUCUGGACUUUGCCUCGUCAGUUCCUUGGCAACAAGAUCGACUCCUACGGAGGGUCCCUGAAGUACAAGGUGCGGUACAUACUGGCGCGCGGUCUUACUGAGCCUGUGGAGAAGCCAGAUGUGAUGCUGGUUGGAAAUGGGCGCAGGCUUGUGUACCGCAGAGGCAGCGGCACCCCUGCCCAAGUGGUCAACCAGAAAGAGAUCAGAUUCACUGAGGAUAAGUGGCAGCACUCCAAUGGCCGCCCCGUGAGCCGGGAGGAGCUGAUGAUGACGCUGGCGAACCUGGACGGCAUCAGCGUCCGCACCAUCUACGACAACCACAUGGUCAGCGUGGCAAUCAGCGACAUUGUCAUGGAUACCACCACUGUGGAGUUCAGCAUUCUGGGUCAUGCCAAGGAUGUCGAAGAGUGCAGAUGUCCUCCUGGAUAUUCAGGCCUGUCCUGCGAGAUGUGCUCCUCUGGUUUCGAGCGUGUCCCUGGUGGCUCCUAUCUCGGCACCUGCGCUGGUUGCAACUGUAAUGGUCAUGCGAGCGCCUGUGAUCCGAUCAGCGGACACUGUCUGAGCUGCCAGCACAACACAGAGGGCCCUCAGUGUGACAAGUGUCGCCCCGGUUACUUUGGUGACCCGAGCCGAGGUCGCCCCGAUGACUGCAAGCCCUGCCCCUGCCCGUACUAUGAGACCUCACGCCGUUUCUCUGACACCUGCUUCCUGGACUUCGACCAACAGCCAACGUGUGAUGCCUGCAGGCCCGGCUACACAGGAAGACGCUGUGAAAAGUGUGCUCCUGGUUACCAGGGUAACCCCCUCCUGCCUAAUGGAAAAUGUGUUCCUAACCAAAGCUCCAAGUGCGAUAAUAGAGGAACCAUCAGCUCCAGCAGCAGGCUGUGCAGCUGCAAGAACAACGUGGCAGGCGCUCUGUGUGACGAGUGUAAGGCCGGGUUCUUCCACCUCUCAGAGGCCAACCCCGAGGGCUGUCUACGUUGUUUCUGCAUGGGCGUCACCAAACAGUGCGCCAGCUCCACUUGGAAUAGGGAUCAGGUGCGAGGAGGGGUGAACGGGCAGCUCUUCUCCCUCUCCAACAGCGCCAACACUAAAACUAUCUCUGAAGGCAUCUCCCAGAGGGGUUCCUCUGAAGUUGUCUACCGCUCCUUCUCCAGCGUCCCCAAUGACAUCUACUACUGGGUUCUGCCUGAGAGCUUCAGAGGAGAUAAGGUGACGGCCUAUGGCGGGGAGCUUCGCUAUACAGUGCAAUUUACACCCUUUCAGCGCUCGCUGGUGAUUGACGGGAAGCCAGAUGUGGUUCUCCAGGGCAACGGCAUCUUCCUGGAACACUAUUCUCAGACCAAGCCCCUCCCACGUGUCCGACAAACCGUCACUGUGACCUUUAGAGAGUCUUCGUGGCGUCGCAGCGAUGGGCAGCCGUGUACCCGUGAGCACCUGCUUAUGGCUCUGGCUGACGUUACCGUUUUCAUGAUCAGGGCAACCUACACAGACAACAUGGACGAGAGCAGUAUCUCAGACAUCAAGAUGGACAUUGCUGUUCCUCACUCCACUGGUAAUGAACGUGCUCUGGAGGUGGAGGAGUGCUCCUGCCCUCAGGGAUACAGAGGACCCUCCUGCCAGGAGUGUGAUGAAGGUUACACGCGCACCAGCUCUGGCCUCUACCUGGGCACUUGUGAGAGGUGCGAUUGCAAUGGUCAUGCCAGCAGCUGCGACCCAGAGACCGGCAGGUGUCUGCAAUGUCUCCACAACACUGCUGGGCCAAGGUGUGAACGCUGUCAGCCUGGUUUCUAUGGAAACCCUGUAACAGGCGGUGCUCAGGCCUGCCAGCCCUGCCCAUGUCCUGGAACCACAUCCAGCAACCAAUUCUCCCCGACUUGUUAUCUGGAGUCUGAUGGUCAGCCGACCUGUGACAGCUGUCCCCCCGGAUACAGUGGCCGUCGCUGUGAAAGAUGUGCUGCAGGAUACACUGGCAACCCACAGCUGGGACAGAGAUGUACUGUUGGCAACAAUGAAGUCAAUGGUAACUGCUACAACUGUGACCAAAGAGGACGUGAGAUCUGCACUGGUGGUGUGUGCCGCUGCAAGAUGAACGUUGAAGGCUCGUCUUGCUCCAGCUGUAAGCCUGGGACCUUCCAUCUAAGCCAGGCAAACAAAGAUGGCUGCCUGUCCUGUUUCUGCAUGGGCGUCACUCAGCAGUGCUCCAGCUCCACUUACUACAGAGACCUGGUGUCCUCAGUCUUUUCUCCAGGCAACUUCCAGGGAUUUGCUCUGGUGAACCGUCAGCGCACCAACCGCAUCUCUACUGGUUUCACGGUGGAGGUUUCCACUGAAGGCACUCAGCUGUCCUACAGCAACUUUGACUACCUGGGACAGGAGCCUCACUACUGGCAGCUCCCAGGGGUCUACCAGGGAGACAAGUACGCUCUGGUCUACAAAGGUUUCAGCUUGCACCAGGAUGAUCUGCUCUACUGGCAGCUCCCAGCGCUGUUCACGGGGGAUAAGGUGGGUUCUUACGGAGGUAAACUCAAAUACACCGUCUCCUACGUGGCUGGUCCAAGGGGAACGCUGCUCGACGAUGCUGACGUGCAGAUUAUUGGUAACGACAUCACUCUGGUGGCUCGUCAGUCCUGGCAGAGGAGGCAGCAGGGCAGCAGAGAGACUCACCGGUUUGAGAUUGUCUUCAGAGAGGAAAACUGGCGCCGUCCGGAUGGCAUGCCUGCAACCCGUGAGCACCUGAUGAUGGUUUUGGCUGAUCUGGAUGAUAUCCUCAUCCGAGCAUCCUACUCUACCGAGAUGCGAUCCUCCAGCAUCUCUGAUAUCAACAUGGAAGUCGCUGUGCCCAACUACAGCGGCUUGGCGCAGGCCCUCGAGGUAGAGCAGUGUCGCUGUCCACCUGGAUACCAGGGACUCUCUUGCCAGGACUGCGCCCCUGGAUAUACUCGCACUGGAGGAGGUUUAUACCUGGGUCACUGUGAGCUCUGUGAAUGUAACGGCCACUCUGACUCCUGCCAUCCGGAGACUGGCAUUUGCACGAGCUGCCUGCAUAACACUCAGGGCGAGCUCUGUGAGCAGUGCGCCCCUGGUUUCUUCGGCGACCCCACUGUUGGCACUCCAGAGGACUGCCAGCCCUGCGCCUGCCCCCACACUGACCCUGACAACCAGUUCUCCCCUACGUGUGAGAGCCUUGGAAAUGGAGGCUACCAGUGCACUGCCUGUCAGCCUGGCUACACCGGCCAGUACUGUGAGCGUUGUGCUCCUGGAUAUGUUGGCAACCCACAGGAGAGAGAGAAGUGUCGCCCAUACGAUGCUGCAGCCUCCCUGGUGGUGAAGGUUUAUCCAGAGAGGGUCUUGGCAUCCCAGGGUGGCCCUGUCACUCUGCGGUGCCAGGUGUCUGGCUCUCCUCCGCACUACUUCUACUGGUCCAGAGAGGAUGGGCGGCCCAUCUCCGGCAGUGCGGACAGACGCAGACAAGGAGCAGAGCUGUACUUCCCCAAUGUUCAGCAGAGUGAUGCCGGCGUUUACGUUUGCACCUGCCGAGACCAGCGCAGCACCAACAGGAGCCGUGCUGAAAUCGUUGUCACAAGUGUCCAAUCCAGACCCAUUGAGGUGACAAUUGAGGAGCCCAAAGCCCAGACUGUCAGGGUGGGGUCUACUGUCAGCUUCAUCUGUACUGCAAAGAGCAAGUCACCAGCCUACACCCUGGUUUGGACCCGAAUGGGUAACGGGAAACUUCCCAACCGUGCCAUGGACUUCAACGGCAUCCUGACGAUCCAGAAUGUCCAGCCCGAGGACGCUGGCGUCUACGUUUGCACGGGCUCCAACAUGUUUGCCAUGGACGAGGGCAGCGCCAUCCUCUACGUGCCAGAGGCCUCACAGACUCAGAUGUUUUACACAGCCUAUGAAAUGUUUGAAGGACACAGAAAGCCUGGUGAAGGGGCCCAACCUGUGGCCACCAUUACUCCCUCAGUACUGAAUGUCCAGCAAGGCCAGAGGGCAGAGUUUCGCUGCACAGUAACUGGGAACCCAACCCCCGCCAUCGAAUGGAUCGGAGGUCCAGGGAACAGACUGAGUCCCAGAGCGGUAAUACGAGGUGGCGUACUGACCUUCACAGCAGUGGACCCAGCUGAUGAGGGAGAGUACACCUGCAAAGCCCUGAACACUCAUGGCGAGCACACAGCGCGGGUUUCCCUCUUCAUACAAAAAUCUAACCCAAGUGGCCUAGGCACCCAGCCUCAAGUCCAAGUCAGUCCCCAAAAUGUUGAAGUCCAUGAGGGCGACACAUUGAGGUUGUACUGCCGCGCAUCUGGAUCGCCCACGCCGAAGCUCACCUGGCUGAAAAAUGGAGGACAAAUCCCUCCACAGGCCAUUCCCUCUCACGGUUUCCAUCAGUUUAAAAGCAACAGUGUCGAUGUGUUACAGAGACGUAUUGAGGAGCUGCAGGCCCGCAUGGAGCGCACCGACAUUGGCACUCUGCUCAUCCCCAACAUCAAGAUGUCCGACUCAGGCACUUACAUGUGUGUUGGCAGCAACAGCAUUGGCUCGAAUAGCGCUCCAAUCAAAGUGACGGUGCUCAAAGCGGACCAUAUCUCAUCAGUGGUCAGCAUCCAGCCAUCUAUAGCUGAUGUCCAGGAGGGCCAGAACCUGGAGCUCAACUGUUUCGCCCCUGGAAAUCCUCCUCCCCAAGUCACCUGGACGAGAGCCAGUGGACGCCUCUCCUCCAACCACCAGGUUCUGGGCAGUCAGCUGCGGAUCCUGUCAGCCUCUCCAGAAGACUCAGGAGAGUAUAUCUGUCGGGUGCAGAGCAACACUGGAAACCCAGGCUCUCGUGUCCAUCAGGCCUCUGUCUCUGUGUCUGUCACUUCAUCUUCUUCACGUCUUCAGAGUCCAAUCAUCGCCAUUGAGCCCCACAGUGCUGCAGUGCGUGUGGGGGAGUCAGCUAGCUUCAGGUGCAGGGUGUACAGCGGAGCCCAGCCUGUCAGACUAGAGUGGAAACUGGCCAGCAACCAACCGCUGCCAGAUAAUGUCAAAGUCGGCCCUGAUGGUUCUGUUAUCACCAUCACCAGCGCUCGCCCUAUCAACCACGGUGCCUACCGCUGUGUGGCGAGCAACCCGUUCGGCAUCACUCACACCAUUGUGUCUUUGAUUGUCAAAGAGAUUCCUGUGGCCACCGUCACCCCCGUUGGACCUGUGCGCGUCAGAGUGGGCGAACCCAUUAACCUGGAAUGCCAGGCGUCAGGAGAGCCACGCCCCUCAGUGUCGUGGCACCGGCUGGACAGCAACCGUAAGACCAUGCUGAGCAGCCCUGUACCCAUGGAGUCCAAUGCAGUCAUGCAGAUACUCGUGGCACGUCCAGAAGACAGUGGCACGUACGUGUGCACAGCUCGCAACAAUGAGGGCUCUACGGAGACCAACAUAGAGGUGGUUGUUGAGGGAGGCUCUCAAGUUCCAUCAGUGCCCAGAGGCUCCGUUCCUGAGCCGCUGAUGAUUGUGGUGGAGGGACAGACUGCGACACUGCGCUGCGAGGCCCACGGUUUCCCCUCACCAAAAAUCACCUGGUCCAAGCUGCGGUCUCCUCUGCCUUGGAGACACAAGGUGGUGAACAACAGCUUGGUGCUGCCCAACGUGGGCCGGCAAGACUCUGGAGAAUACAUCUGCAGUGCCACCAACAACAUGGGCACCACUGACGUCACCAUCAUGCUAGAUGUAGAAACUCUUCCUUAUGCCACAUCUGUGCCUGAUGAUGUGGCUGUGCGCGUCGGCGAGGUGAUCAGGUUGCAGUGCCUGGCCCACGGCACUCCUCCUUUAACCUACACUUGGACCAAGCUGGAUGGAAACCUGUCCCCGAGGGCUCAGGUUAGCGGCGGGGAUCUCCAGAUCAACCUGGCCGCUGCCGAGGAUGCCGGGAGCUACAAGUGUGUGGCCAGCAACAAAGUGGGCAACAGUGAAGUGGUCGCCAAAGUCACAGUCAGAUCUCCUCUGGCGGUGCGUGUGUCACCCCAGGUUGAGGUGAAGGCCCAGGGCAGCGCUGUGGAGUUUACCUGCUCAGCGGCAGGUGGAAUAGAAACCAAAAUUGAGUGGCUGAAAGAAGGAGGCGCCCUGCCGCCAAACCACCACAUCAAGGAUGGAGUGCUCAGGAUUGAGAACCUUGAGCAGAGCAAUGAAGGUGUUUAUAUCUGCAGAGCGAGCAGUGUGUAUGGUCAGGCCCAGGACACUGCCAGACUGACCAUCCAAGCCCUGCCAAAGGUGAUGAUCAACGUGCGUACCUCGGUGCAGACCGUGAUGAUUGGGAACUCUGUGGAGUUUGAAUGCCAGGCUGUCGGUGACCCGGAGCCCACCGUCAAAUGGAGUAAAGUAGGCGGGGCUUUGCCAACUCACAUCAUGGUGAAAGGCGGCAUGCUGAAGAUCGAUCAAGUGACGGAGGCCGACGCUGGGCAAUACCGCUGUACCGCCACCAAUGACGUAGGCUCAGUACAGUCCCAAGUGGUCCUUAACGUUCAGUCCCUUCCUCAAAUCGCUGCACUGCCAGAAACAAAAGAGGUGACAGUCGGGUCUGAUGCAGUCUUGCCCUGUGUGGCCUCAGGAUAUCCUGUGCCUGAAAUCAAAUGGUCCAAGCUGGAAGGAGAGCUUCCUCCCAAGUGUUUCCAGGAGGUCAACGUGCUGACGGUCCCUCGCAUCACCCAUGACGAUUCUGGGACAUACGUCUGCACCGCCUCCAACAAACAGGGCAAAGUGGAAGCCUUUACUACACUUAUGGUUCAUGAGAGAGUGAUGCCGUACUUUGCCCAGGAACCCUUGUCUUACCUCACCCUGCCCACCAUCAAAAAUGCCUACAAGGCUUUCAGCAUUAAGAUCAACUUUAGACCAGACAAUGUUGAUGGUCUCAUAUUGUACGCUGGUAUGAUCCUCUACAAUGGCCAGAGGAGGACCACAGGAGCCGACUUUAUCUCUCUGGGACUUGUGGGUGGUCGCUUGGAGUUCAGGUUUGACGUGGGCUCCGGCAUGGCCAGUAUACGUGACCCCAACCCUAUCAAACUGGGAGAGUUUCACACCGUCGAGCUCUAUCGCAACCACACCCUGGGCUACAUUAUUGUAGAUGGAGGGGAGCCCAUCAACGGCAGCUCACAGGGCAAGUUCCAGGGUCUGGAUCUGAAUGAGGAGCUGCAUGUGGGUGGAUACCCUAACUACACACUCCUCGCCAAAACCGCUGGCAUUAAGACCGGGUUUGUUGGCUGUAUCCGUCAGCUAGUCAUCCAGGGUGAGGAAGUCAUCUUCAAAGAUCUGGACCGCAGCUCUACUGGCGUCAGCAACUGUCCCACCUGCAAAGAUCACCCAUGCCAGAAUGGCGGCAGGUGUGAGGACUCGGAUGCCAGCUUGUAUAAGUGCAGCUGCCCCAGAGGAUUCACCGGAAGCAACUGCCAGCACCACUCAUCCCUGCACUGUCACUCAGAGGCCUGCGGACCGGACGCCACUUGCAUCAAUCGCCUGAAUGGCCUGGGCUACGACUGCCGCUGCCAUCUUGGCAAGUUCGGAAACAAAUGCAUGGAUGGAGAACUGGUGACCACUCCACUGUUUGAUGGGGAGGAGUCAUACAUAGCCUAUCCCCCUUUGACCAACAUCCACGAUGACCUGCGUGUUGAGUUGGAGUUCAAGCCGGUGGAUAGAGACGGCCUGAUGUUCUUCUGUGGUGGGAAGAAAAUGAAGGUGGAGGACUUUGUCGCCAUCUCCAUGGUGGACGGACAUGUGGAAUUCAGAUAUGAACUGGGCACAGGCCAAGCGAUCCUUCUCAGUGCUGAGCCAGUCUCUCUGGGCCAGUGGCACAGAGUCGUGGCCGAGCGGAACAAGAGGGCCGGCCACCUGAGGGUCGACCAAGGCCAAGUGGAGAGGAAGACAUCUCCAGGAAAAGCCCAGGGCCUUAAUAUCCACACCCCCAUGUACCUGGGAGGAGUCCCCAACAUGGACAUCCUGCCUAAGCCUGCAAAUGUCAGCGAAUUGUUUCAGGGAUGUAUAGGAGAGGUUUCUAUCAACAACAAGAAGGUGGAUCUGUCCUACAGCUUUACAGAAAGCAGAUCUAUCCGCAAGUGUGUGGACAACAGCCCCUGCGACCGCCGGCCCUGUCUGAACGGUGGUCACUGCAUGUCGAGUGCUGAGUAUGAGUACCAGUGCCUCUGUAGGGAUGGAUUUGAAGGUGAGCGGUGCGAGGUGGUGAAAGAUGUGUGCCAGAACAACCUUCAGUGCCAGAAUGGCGGCAGCUGUGUCGACGGUCAGUGUGUGUGUGCACAUGGCUACACAGGCCUGAACUGUGAAGAAAGCCAGGUCUCCAGCUUCCCCGAGGCCCUGUGGAAUUUGGAAGUUAGCGAGGCAAAUGAUUCACCCUACCAAUAUGCAGCUCAUUUCCACAAUGAUGGAUACAUUGCCCUUCCUAAAUCCAUUUUCCCGAGAAGUGCCCAUGACUCACCAGAGACCAUCGAACUGGAGAUCAACACUGGCUCCUCUGAGGGUCUGAUCUUAUGGCAGGGAGUGGAGACCAAUGGCGCACGCAAUUUGCGAAAGGUGCAUGCUAGUAAAAAGGAACUCGGAGAACACGGCAGAGGCAAGGACUUCAUUAGUCUCGGCUUGCAGAACGGACAUCUUGUUUUUAGUUACCAGCUGGGCAGCGGAGAGGCACAGAUCUUGUCCCAGAGGUCUAUCAACGAUGGGAAAUGGCACAAGAUCACAGCAGUCAGAACUGGAAAAGAUGGAUAUAUCCAGAUUGAUGGAGGAGCCGCACUACAUGGACAGUCUAAAGGCAAGAGCCUCAUGGUCAACACCAAAGGCAGUAUAUACCUUGGUGGAGCCCCAGACAUGGCUGCUAUGACGGGAGGCAAGUUUUUGUCAGGAAUGACGGGCUGCGUGAGGAACCUGACGCUGAUGAACGCCCGGCCGGGCCAGCAGCCGGCCCAGGCCAUCGACCUGCAAUCCCACGCAGCCCACGGCAUCAACGUGCAGCCGUGCUCUUCAUAGACCGCAGCACACACGCCAACACACACACACACACACACACACAAACACCCAUACACACACAUGCACACGCAGAGACUAUGGAGUGAUGUCACACACACACACACACACACACACACACACACACAGCAGACUCACACAGAGAGACUUAUACACAUAGAGCCUGACAAACUUGGUGCUUUGCUGCUACCAAAAAAAUAACAAAAAAAACAAACAAAAACAAGAUGACACAACAGGAUUCGUUUCUCUGUGUGCAGUAAAACCAAAAAAGAGAGAAAAAUUGAAACGAUAUUAACAAGUCUUCUCUUCCUCAGUGUUGUAUUCUCAAUGAAGGACUAUUAACACAGGAGAACCAGUACAGUUUACAUACUUCCAGCAGUAGUUUUAGUCAUGAGAAGAGUAAGAGUAAAACAUAUUAGGCCUUCUACGAUGGGUCAGAUCCUAUGGAGUUGGAGAUGUUUUUACAGCACUGAAUUUUUAUUUAUAUACAUAUGAAUAUAUAUAUUAUAUUUGUGGGGGAAAACAUGCAAACUAACCAUAACUGCUCUUCAACUUUCCUAGAGUUUAUUCUGGGUUCUAAUACUGUGUGUCCAGGGCUUUUUUUAAUAGGCCUAACUGUAUUAAUACUUGAAGACGUUUAGGCCUUCUUUCUUCACUUCUGUAGAGGAACUUUUUUUUUUUUUGCGCGAGCAUGCUUACAGUCUUUUGGGAGAGGAGCAUACACACACACAGUCACGGUCACAUGCAGCUUCAGUACACAACUCAGGUCGUUAAAAUACACGUUAAUUACCGCAAAUGUUACACAAGUGCUGCUGCUUUAACUCGGCUGAAUUGUUCCGCUUCACACGACACUCGCAGCGCCGGUGUGUCUUCUGUGUCUGUAUUUGUUCUCUUUUUUUACGAAAAAGAAAGAAACCUUGGUGCUAACGUCAGACAUGAAGAUACAGCACAUAGUCAUAUACAGGUUGCCUGUCUGCCUUGUUUUUUUGGGGGUUUUUUUUGUAUUUGGUUACUUUAGAUUAAGAAAACUCUCUAAAAAAGGUCUCCACUAGUGUCACAUUUGUUAAUAUGCAUGGCAUUUGAGGUUGAGUUUAUGAUGAUACGGCAUGAUUUGUUGCCUCCACAGCCUUAUAUGAUUGAGUAGAUCUCAAAAAAGCAAGAGAAAGGUGUAAUUUUUUUUAAUGUGUGGUUGUUGAAGAUAUUGUUUCAUGUGUAAAACUGCCAGUCAGGUAGAUAUCUGUAUCAACUGAGAAUGAGUGUGUUUGCUAUGAGUAAAUUUGCUCGUUAUGUAUGUCUCAGCCCUUUCCAUUUCUCACAGGUUACUCUACUUUAAGCCCCAAUAUGGAGUCAGGUGUGUGUGUGUGUGUGUGUGGUGUGUGUGUGUGUGUGUGUGUGUGUGUGUGUGCGCGCGCGCGCACAUGCAUGCGCGCUUUUGUCAUUAUCCAUUUCCUCAGGAGGUUCAAUCCAGAACUGCCUCAAGAUGUAACUUCAUUUUCAGGUUUGGUAGCUUUAGUGACAAUUCAGGAAGCUAUAAAACUCUGAAGGCUCCGUGGUUCUGUAGGUUGUUUUCUCUGCAGCAGGACACAGUUGUAAUAAUAAAAAAGUGUUAAGUCAUGUGGGGGGCGCAGUCGAAGCCUCCAGUUAAAAGUGCUGCGACCGGUAGUGUAGCUCAAACAAAGCAUGCUCGCCCCCGCCUUUAGUCAACCACACCACAAAAACCACAACGGCACGAUCACUUUGGGGUUCAAAAAUCUUUUUUUUCCUUCUCAUUUUUGUAAGCUUAAAAUAUUUGUAUUAAUAUCCUUAAAAAAUGAGCACUAUCCUUUCACCUAGAGUUGCUUCAUUUUUUAUUUAUUUUAUGUUUUUUUUUUCUUUUGUUUGUUUUCCUUUUCCUCUUUUUCAUGGCUUCUGUUUUUCGACACUUUGAUUCUGCUGUUUUAGAACAAUCACAGAAGCUUGCUAUUUUCUUUCCUCUGGUUAUUGUGUAUUGCCUCCCACAUCCCCUUGUUUUUCCCCUCAUGUUUGAAUAUGCCCCCUCCCCCUCCCCCCCACCUAGUAAGUUCUUUCAGAAAUCACCCCAAUGAAGUAUCAUGAAAGGUUCAUGUGUAAUACCUGACUGGAGCUGCCUGGUCAUAUGGUUGGAAACUGGUCUUAUUAUUCACUCGAUGAAAGAAGAAAAAAAAAGUCUUAGGCUCCUAAUACAAUGAAUGGGUUAUUUAUUUACUCAGAAUGGUGUCAUCAUGAACAUGUGGAUUGAAAAGAGCCAAUCCUGUGCUCCAUGUUGAGGACACUGAAGCAGAGUAGGGUAGAGUGUGUGCUCCUCGUCGGGGCACCUUUUUGUGUAUCUGCUCUUGAACUGGAUUUUCAUAUAUACACUGUACACUGAUGCUAAGUUGUCAAGAAACUGCCACUGCUUUUUGUUUUCACGCCAUUACAAAAUAUGAAAGGUGCACUUUUAGUAACAAUGGCAGUUUUUACUUAGAUUUUUUUUUUUUUUUUUUUUUUUUUUAAUUUUACUGUUUCACUUCUGAAUGGCAGAAAAAAAAAAGCGAAUCACUCAGUCAAAUGAAUGAAACUGUACCAGAUGAAAUAUAUUGUCCACGUCAGGACAACCUGACUGUUCCAUUUCCAGUGUUGAAAAGACACUCCCCUCACCCUUGGUGUUUCUUAAUUAAAAACAAAAUUCAUGUGCUA